UUAGUGCAUCGCAAGUAUCGCCAUGUAUCAUUUCCAUAAUAUUUUUUAUAUUUCACUUAUCUGCUUCGUCGGUGGAGAGGAUUCAGAAAUACUCACAACGAUAUGGACAACCCAAACGUUAACACCAACACGGCAAAUGACAACAACAUCAGCAACUACAAUUUCAACAACCCCAGCAUCCUCCCCAACCUGUACGUCAAAUAAAGUGGAGUUCUAUCCGGACCCGCAGGACUGUUCCUCAUUUUACGAAUGCGUCAAUGGCCAAAUCAGUAAACAUCGCUGUCCAGAUGGCCAGUCCUGGGACCCAGAGUUUGUUGCCUGUAAUUUUAGCCAUGAAGUUAAUUGUGGCAGUAGACCAAAAGAGCAUUAUCCCAAUUGUCCAUCGGAGGGAGUAAGUUACUUUCCGGAUCUUGAAGACUGUUCCGGAUUUUACAUAUGUAUUAAUGGAAAAACUGGACACCUCACUUGUCCAGAUCAGUUAAGUUGGAGCACGGAUCAUGAAGAAUGUCUUAUUACGGAAAACGUAGAUUGUGGACUGAGACCCAGCAUGUCAUAAGUUUACACCACUAAUUUUUUAUUGAACUAUUUGGUUUAAAAUAUAAAAUAAUGUGUAAUAAUACUAAUGGUCAAUUGAACUUUUAUUUUAAUUUAAAAUAAUCUAAUCAGCCAGUAGUAGUCAGUAGUUAGUAGUAGGUAGUUUUUCGUAUUCUUUAUUCAAGGUAUCUAAAUAGCUAACUGGUUUGGCACAUUUUUUUUAUUUUAAUCAAUAAAGUUUGCUUUUUC